AUGCAUAAGACAACAGUUGCGCUUUUUGGAGCCAAUGGAACACUUGGUAACCGGAUCCUCCAUACAUUGAUUGUAUAUCCAGAACGGCCCUUCGAUCUAGUUGCUUUCAUUCGACCUGAGUCUUCUUUGAAGAUUGAUCACUGGGUCUCUAAUUUGACCGUCUAUGGGGUGGAUCUCACUCUGAUUGACGCAGAUAGCCUCAAUUUGAUGCUUGCAGGUGUUGAUGUUGUCGUCAGUGCUGUAGGAUCUGCGAUCUUGUCUUAUCAACAAGUUAUACAAGAUGAUGCCGCAAAAGCUGGAGUUCGCAGAUUCUAUCCCAGCAGCUUUGGAAUGCCUCAGGUUGUCCGUUUCGAGGCCCAAGACUUCAGCAUGAUCAAUUCGAAAGCAAUAUGGGGCCUCAAAACCGUCAUAUUGUAA